AUGAUAAAAAAGGCUGUCGACACUGGGACUUCCCAAGCGGUCCCCCACCUUAGUACUAACCCAGCCUUAAGGCGCUUAACUUCGGAGUUCGAAUGGGAUCCGGUGUUUUCACCUUAGUAUGGCCGACAGCAAAAUUAAUACAUUUAAUGCCCUUAAAUAAAUAUAUCAAAUUAUUUUCAAAAACAUAAAAAAAAAUGGCUGUCGACACUGGGACUUCCCAAGCGGUCCCCCACCUUAGUACUAACCCAGCCUUAAGGCGCUUAACUUCGGAGUUCGAAUGGGAUCCGGUGUUUUCACCUUAGUAUGGCCGACAGCAAAAUUAAUGAUUUCGUUUGCACUUUUAUAUUUCUUACUGCCUUUAUGAUUUAAUACUUUUUUAUUUUAUACAACUAUUUUUAAAAAAUAAAUUUAAAAAAUAAUAUAAAAAAUAAAAAGGCUGUCGACACUGGGACUUCCCAAGCGGUCCCCCACCUUAGUACUAACCCAGCCUUAAGGCGCUUAACUUCGGAGUUCGAAUGGGAUCCGGUGUUUUCACCUUAGUAUGGCCGACAGCAAAAUAUAUACAGAUUGAUUUGUUGUCGACACUGGGACUUCCCAAGCGGUCCCCCACCUUAGUACUAACCCAGCCUUAAGGCGCUUAACUUCGGAGUUCGAAUGGGAUCCGGUGUUUUCACCUUAGUAUGGCCGACAACAAAACUCAAUGUUUCGAAUAGCUAUAAAUAUAUAAAUAUAAAAACAAGGCCAUUUACCAUCAUUUUGAUAAACAUUUAUUAUUAAAUUUGA